AGUGAGGAAAGAAAACAGCUGGCUUUCAAAAUAAUAAGCUCCUCAAGUGCGUGGAGUGUCUGUUUGUUUUGAUAUAUUUCCAGACUUCUUGAUAAUGUUUCGGACCUUUCAAAUACUACGAGUGCCUUCUGUUUUAAAAGCAGUAGUGGUGGACCUGCCAAAAUGUCAAGUAAUUCGCAGAACGAUUUAUAACAGCAAAUAUUAUUGCUCACAAAAUAGGCCGGCAUUGAAUUCUCUGAAUCCUUCGAUUAAAAACUACGUCAAUAGAAUUGUUGACGAUAAAGAGGUUAAUUUUCCAGUCAAACCUCAUAUUAAAAAUGAUCUCGCUAGACUUUGGUCUGAAAGAUGUAAAUUAAUAGAAGAUAUUGCACAACUUGACAAGGAACUAAAAGAUUAUGAUAAGGAGAUGAAAACGCUUGCAGAGGAGGAAAGACUGGAGUCACAGCAAAAAAUUCAGGACUUAGAAUCUGAGAUUUUACGCUUGAUUGUUCCUUCGACAUCAUCAAAUGUGCAAAGUAUGUACUUGGAAGUGACUGCUGGUGUUGGUGGACAAGAAGCUAUGCUGUUUGCUGCUGAACUCUUCCAGAUGUACACAGGUUAUCUAGAAUUCUGCGGCUGGAAUUACGAGGUUGUAGAGGUUGACAGCAGUGAAAUUGGUGGUAUGCGCCAUGGUUCAAUAUCUGUAUCAGGAAGAGGAUCCUACGAAGUCUUGAAACUUGAGGCGGGCGUCCACCGAGUGCAACGAGUCCCAAAGACAGAAAAAUCGGGGCGACUCCACACAAGCACAGUUUCUGUUGCAGUACUUGCUCAGCCUUCAGAAGUUGAAGUCAACAUAAAUCCAAAGGACUUGAAAAUAGAAACAAAACGAGCUAGCGGGGCCGGUGGGCAACACGUGAAUACAACUGACAGUGCUGUGAGAAUUGUACACCUUCCAACAGGCAUCGCUGUUGAGUGCCAAAGUGAAAGGUCGCAGAUUCAGAAUCGCUCAAAGGCAAUUCAGAAACUGAGAGCCAAGCUCUAUCAAUCGGAGAUUGAAAAACAAGAACUUGACACUCGAACAACAAGAAAGCUCCAAGUUGGUUCCAGUUUCCGCUCUGAAAAGAUUCGCACCUAUAAUUUCCCGCAAGAUCGAGUGACAGAUCACAGGAUAGGUAAAACUCUUCACAAUCUCAAGGGUUUAUUGGAAGGUGGGGAUGAUUUGAAUGGAUUGGUUCAAGAAUUGAUAGAAAAAAAGCGAGAGGAGGAUUUAAAAUCUUUCCUGAGCUCUUUAGACUGAUGAGUAAUAAAAUGCUUUAUAUAUGAGGA